AUGGACUCUGGAGUUCGGCUAUGCCGAUUUGGUUUGGCGAAGAGCUUAAAGCCUCAGGCCGGCUUCCAAGGAGUCGUGCUGAGCACCAUGACAAAUGUCCCGGUCUCUGCAGAAGACCGAGCACUCAUCGAGACGUGCGGUCUCGCUGGAGUCAACUGCAGUUGGAAUCGCUUGGAGGAAAUUCCUUGGGGCAAGCUACCUCGAAAGAGCCAGCACAGGAUUCUGCCUUUUCUGGUUGCGGCCAACUCCGUGAACUAUGGCCGGCCCAAUAAGCUGAACACGGCGGAGGCCAUGGCUGCGGCCCUGAUCAUUGUGGGCCUGCGGGCAGAGGCCAAGCGCGUGCUGCGUGCCUUCAGCUGGGGUGAGGAGUUCCUGAAACUUAACGAAGAGGCCUUCGAUGUGUACAGCCAGGCGAAGAACGCCGCAGCCCUUCGACGCGCCGAAGCUGCUCUCCUGGAGCGGUGGCGAAACGAGGCAGCAGAACGCCGCGCGCAAGAUCUGGACCUGCCUCCCUCCGACUCUGAGGCCAGCGAGGCCUCCGUCCACGUGGAUUCCGCUGGAAAUUCCCUGCCGGCCGAGGGCACUCCGAGCCAGGAGCCUGAACAAGGACAAGUUCGGAAUCUCUCAGAAGAACCUGCCAUGGGCGGCCCUGACAAUGAUCCUGGGCCGAGCUUGGACCAGGCAAGAUUAGCGCACGCAGCUGCGGUCUCCAUUGCUGCUCCUGAGGCUUGUUCGACCGAGCAAGAGGUGACAAAGACUGCCAGCGAGGCUACAUCAUCUCUUGCGCCCAUCGUGAGCACCCGAGCAGCGGAGCCUCAGCAAUCGACAGGCCCUGUGCCAAUGGAGAGCGGCGCAGCCCACCUUGUGCCGAUCCAAGCGAGUCCGGCAGGGGAGCUUGACGAGCUGCAGCUGCCGGGAGAUCAAAAGGCCACGCUCCAGACUUUGCAGUCAUUGGCCUCGACGUCCUUCCUCCAGAAGACGGGUUUGGCUGGCCUGAGUGGGAACAAGCUUCAGAAGUUGAAGCGCAGCGAGUAUGAGGCCAUUUGGCGAAGUUUCUGCUCAGACGAGGCCCGCUUGCUCAGCCAUGAGAACAUCAAGCGAUUGAUGUCUGGUGACAAGAAGGGUUCACCCUUCAAGCCUGGCAAGAAGUGA